UAAGUUUAAAGUGUACAACAUAAUGAUCUGAUGUAUGUAUCUAUUGUGAAAGGAUUACCACAAUAAGUUUAGUUAACAAACAUCACUUCACAUUGUUACACAUUCUUUUUCUUGUGAUGACAAGUGUGAAGUUUGAUGCUUACCUGGUUCUCUUCUUUUGGACUUUGGCAAAUCUAAGAAUUAAUCCUACCACACAUAGCCUAUACUAGUCUACCCAAAUCUAACAGUUAGUAAAGACAUUAACACAUUUAUCUGUUUGUAUGUUUUAUUGAGCACAAGAUAAUAAUCUCAUUCUCAGAAGCAAUGAAAUCACCGAAAGAGCCAAAUCUUGAGAAAGCCUCGUAGAGUUGCCCUGUUACUAGAUAAAGCGCUUGGAAUAGAUAAGUAUGUUGUGUCACGCGUCUUCCUGUGACCUGUGAUUGUUACUUGAAAGUGUGGAAAUGCAGAACAGAUCUGCUGUUAUUAUGAAAGGCCCAUCUGUGACAGGUGGAAAGGAGGACGCUAUGUUAAGAGCUUGUUCUGUGCAGUUCUCAUGGAGGUGACUUGUGUCCUAUGGGGAAUGUCUCCAGGCUGCAUUCCACUCUGGGUUCUUUGCCUCUGGCAGUUCUCCGUGAUCACUCCUGUAUUGGGGUCCCCCACGCCACUCCCAGGCUCCAUGAUUCACUGGAAGGACUCAUAGGAAUCAGCCUAGGGUUAUAUUCACAGCUGUGAUUUCUUACAGCAGCAGGACACAAAGUACAGUCAACAAAGGAAAAGGCAAGUGGACCAAAGUCUGGAGGGAACCAGAGGCAAGCUCCCUCGAGUCCUCUGCCAGUGGAACCACACAGGACACGCAUUUACCCGCCUAUUAAUGUGCUGCCCUCGUUGUCUCGGUGAAUGAAGUCUGCUACUGGAGAAGGUAUGACCAGAAAGGAUCACGCCGAUGUAUCUAACCAGCUGUAUGCAUGCUAUGCUAUUGGUAAGGAUGUGCAGGCCAUGAAAGCCGUAGUUGGAGAAGAAGCCCUUACCUCAGAUGAUGUGCUUUACUUGGAAUUUCUGCAGAAGUUUGAGAGGAACUUCAUUGCUCAGGGUCCUUACGAAAACCGCACUGUCUAUGAGACUUUGGACAUUGGCUGGCAACUGCUCCGAAUCUUCCCCAAAGAAAUGCUGAAGAGAAUCCCUUAGAGCACCUUGAGCGAAUUCUACCCUCGAGACUCUGCAAAGCAUUAGCUGCUACU